UCUUCCUUCCUUAUCCUUCAAAUCCCACAGCGACCGCUCCAAAACAAAAAGGAAAAAGAAACCCGAAAUUGUUGUUUAAUCAAAUGCAUAUGGUGUGCGCAAAUGGGCAUCGAAAGGAGAUCCCUUUUUCGGAGAAGCUGCGAAGAACAGCCCCUUGAGGAGGAGGAGGGCAGAGGAGGACAAGACCCACGAGAAACCAGCGCCAGAGGGACCGAAAGUUGCCUCCUUUUUGUUGGGUCGCGAGGUUUGGGAGCUGGUCGUUAAUGGCGGAUGCGGAGAAGAGAGUGAGAGCGGGGGGAGGGGGAGGGGAGGGGGAGGGGGAGGAGGAGGAGGAGAGGCCGUUGAUGGAGGGCGUGACGGUUCUUGAUUUCGACAUGCUGUGCUCGACCGUGGCGCUGCAGACGCAGGGGAAAUGGAGGAAGCUCGAGUGCGGCGAUUGCGGCGGCGGCGGGGGCGGGGGCGGGGACGAUGAGGGGUUGGAGCUUGGGGGUGGAGUUUUUAGGAUGUGGGAAGGUGAGGUUCUUGAUUGCUUCGAGGAUCGUCGUGUUGCUCUUCAAUCUUCAUGUUGUCCAUGCUACAGAUUUGGAAAAAACAUGAAGCGUGCGGGGUUUGGUUCUUGCUUUAUGCAGGGAACCUUCCACUUUGUUCUUGCCUUCUGUGCGUUCUUCAGCAUGAUUGCUUUUGCAGUAACCAAGCGACACUUAUUUCUUUACUUAGCAGUAGCUUUUGCCCUCUCACUUGGAACAUAUAUGGGUUUAUUCCGUGCACAAAUUAGAAAGAAGUUUAACAUCAAAGGUACCGACAGCUUUUUGGACGAUUGUGUCUACCAUUUUAUAUGUCCAUGCUGUGCCUUAUGUCAGGAGUCCCGAACUUUGGAGAUGAACAAUGUCCAGGAUGGAAUUUGGCAUGGUCGUGGCGACACAAUAUGUGUGGGUACUUACAAUGAAGGAAGCAAAGCAAUACUUGAGCUAAAUUCAACCCCUGUUUCCUCAACCAAGUGCCCCGAUCCUUGCACAAUGCAAAAAGACACUACAGCAGGCUGAGAAUUUCUCAAACCAUGUGAGAAGCUGUAAUCUUCUGAACCAUCGGUCGGGUUUGCAGUCAAAGGAUUGUCAAGCGGGCCAUGUCAGUGUGAAACCCAAGUUGCGUGAGUUUCUGGUUGUAGUCAUUAGGAGGAGGCAUACAGCGCAGGCCAAGCAAUACGACAACCAUUGAUUCAGGGGAAAUGAUAUGAGAAUAUGACGUUUUUUUUUUCAAUAUACUCGAGGUUUCUCUCGGUGUAUGGGUCAAAAUUGAUUGCCCAGCAAUGCAUUUAUUCUCUUGAUUGAAAAAGUUCAAUCCUUGUAUAUGUUGGUGUGCAUCAGUUUGUUGUAUGGGGAACAAGUUCAUCCAUGGUGUUUAUCACAUCAUCAAGCUGGGAAUUGAUCAUUUGAGCACUCAUCUUU